UAUUGGUAAACUUCCCGGUAAAUGUAAAUUACAUGUAAAAGAAACUGCGGUUCCUACAGGUAACCCCCUCGCAAAGUACCAGAGGCACUGAAAAACAGGCUUAAACAAGAACUUUCACGUAUGGAAAGUGAUAAAAUAAUUGUCAAGGUUACAGAACCCACAGACUGGGUAAAUUCUAUCGUGGUUGUUGAAAAACCAAAAACUGGCCAACUUAGAAUAUGUAUAGAUCCGAAAGCGUUAAAUGACGCAAUCUGCAGGCCCCAUUAUCCGAUGCCUACACUGGAAGAUGUGACGGCUAAUCUCACAGGUGCGUCACACUUCAGUAUACUUGACAUCACUCAUGCAUAUUGGAGUGUAGAAUUAGAGAAAGAAUCGUCAAUGUUGACAACUUUCUCGACGCCAUUUGGCAGAUAUCGCUACUUAAGGCUGCCAUUUGGCAUAUCUUCAUCUGGCGACAUUUUUCAACAAAAGGUAUACGAAAUAUUUCAAGGUCUGCCAGGCGUUCACGCUAUUGUUGACGACAUACUUAUUUGUGGUCGCACAAAAGAAGAGCAUAACGCAAACUUGCGUAACACCCUUGAUCGCGCACGGGAGGUAGGAAUUAGGUUUAACCCUGAUAAAUGCAUCAUAGGUGUUCCUGAAGUUCAAUUUUUCGGACACAUUAUCUCAACCCAAGGCUUAAAGCCCGACCCAAGCAAAAUCGAAGCCAUCACGAGGCUUGAAAUCCCAAACACACGUGCUAAGCUUGAAACGUUUCUAGGGAUGGUCAAUUAUAUGGCAAAAUUCGCGCCAAACUUGGCUGAGGUCACUUCCCCUCUGCGUAGCCUCAUGCAAAAGGAUGUUGAGUUCACAUGGGAAAAUUCCCACACUCAAGCAUUUCAGGAGGUCAAAAAUAUCAUUACGAAUGCCCCAGUUCUUGGUUACUUCGACCCAGACAAACAACUUGUCCUUGAGUGCGACUCGAGCCAGAAUGGAACUGGUUGUUGUCUCAUGCAAGGAGGCAGACCAAUUGCAUACGCAUCAAAAAGUUUCACUAAUACUGAAAAAAUGUAUGCGCAAAUUGAGAAAGAAAUGUUAGCCAUUGUUUUUGGCUGUAAGCGAUUCCAUCAAUUUACAUAUGGAAGACCCAUAAUUGUUAAAAGCGAUCAUAAACCGAUCGAGUCAAUUAUGAAAAAACCCCUUUCGGCGGCCCCUCCUAGACUUCAGAGAAUGCUGCUGCAGUUACAAAAGUACAAAGUAACUGUAGAGCAUGUUAGCGGUAAGAAUAUACCGGUCAGCGAUUUUUUAUCGCGACAUUCACUACCUGAAACAAUGCCUACAUUGAUUGAAGGUCUCGAUCUGCAUGUACAUUCAAUUACGAAACAGUUGUUCGUUACUGAUAGACGUUUAGAUAUCAUUAGGCAAGCUAUUACGCAAGACAAAUCCAUGCAGAUAUUGAAACAAACUAUACUAGCAGGCUGGCCUGAAAUGAGGUCACAGUGCAUCCCAGAAAUAACCGAAUUCUGGAAUCACCGGGACGAAUUAUCAGUGGAAGAUUCCUUGAUAUUUCGUGGUCAAAAGGUCAUAAUACCACAUAACCUUCGCCAGGAAAUGCUGACGCAGGUUCACACAGGUCACUUAGGCGUUACCAAAACUAUUGAACGCGCGAAAGAUAACAUGUUUUGGCCAGGAAUGGCAAAACAAAUCACAGAUUAUGUUUUAAAAUGUCCUAUCUGCUUAAAACAUAGAGAUUCAAAUGCGAAAGAGCCGUUGCUCCCGCAUGAAUUUCCAAGCCGACCCUUUGAAAAAAUAGGGACUGAUAUUUUCCAGUUUGAUGGAAAGCAAUAUCUUGUCACAAUCGAUUAUUACAGUCGAUUUUUUGAAAUAGACUUAUUACCUGAUACAAGGUCAGGCACAGUUAUCCAAAAACUGAGAGUACAUAUGUCGCGUUAUGGUAUAUGCGAUAUAUUAAUCAGUGACAAUGGACCUCAAUUUUCCUCGCAAGAAUUUGAAGAUUUCACGCGCGAGUGGAAAUUUGAGCAUAAAACAUCUUCUCCAUAUUUUCCAAGAUCAAAUGGUAUGGCAGAGAAAGCUGUUUCAAUUGCUAAAAGGUUACUUACUAAAGCAAAAGAAAGUGGUCACAACCCGUAUACAGCUUUGCUCGAAUACAGAAAUACCCCCCUCGACUGUGGUUUUACACCAGCGCAGUUACUUAUGGGUCGUAGAACUAAGUCAAUUCUCCCAAUCACACCCAAACUGUUACAACCUAAAACCAUAUCUUCUUCCCUCGUCAUAAAAAAUAACGAUAGGUCAAAGUUUACGCAAAAGAAAAAUCACGACAAAAACGCCAAGCCCCUAUGCCCCCUUUAUGUAAAUGACUCUGUUAGAAUACGUUCAGGAAAAAUUUGGGAACCAGCCAAAAUCAUCAAUAAACAUGAUGAAAGGUCAUAUUCCGUUGUUACACAAGAUGGAACUGUAUAUCGUCGUAACAGGCAACAUCUUUUGAAAACAGAGGAAAAUUUCUCACACUUUGACCCCAUGCAACUCAAUAUUUUUGCUGAUCCUGUUAUAAGUAAAGAGCAAACAUGUGUAAACAAUCAAGAUCAGAUUAACCCCAAUACUGAAGGCCCUUAUAUAACACGGUCAGGGAGAGUGGUGAAAAGCAAUCAGCGCUAUUCAAGUAGUCAGUGGGUGAAAUAAACAUCAUAAACAUAUCAUUUUACCUUUCACACCACUUGUUGUACUCUAAUCAAAACAAAUUAUUAUUUUGAUAUGUACUAUAAUUUUUUAUAGAUUUUAUUCAUUUCUGAACAUACAAUGUUUCAUCUAUAUUUAAUUUUCUGAAUGAAAAAGUGCUAGUUGUUUUACACCUUAUUACAAUUAUGAAUUGAUUUCUGAUAAUAAAAGAAUAUUAUUUUUUUUAAUACUUAAAGAAGGGAGAUGUAGUAUGUUUACCAUACUGUUAUCUUGAAACAGACUAUAGCUAGUCUAUACAUGUAACCUGGCUGGAAUUAUCCGUCAGUCGUUGACCAGCUACACUUGUAGUAAGAUCGCUUGAUCAUAUCUUUAUAUUACUAGUCUUGUAAAUAAACUGUAUAUAUAUGUAUAUCGGACUUUGUUAUUAUACUUGACUUUAUUAUAUAGUUACAACGAUACAACAGUCAGGAUGAUGAAUUAUCAUUUUUUCCAUGUUUGCCGAAGUACAGGUCCAGGGGUCGGUUCCAAAAAGAUGCAUCGCAAGUGAAGAACAAGGUACAUUGCACCAAGAAGUAUGCUGGACAUCCUAGCCUUUUACCAGGGGUCUUCACUAUCUUCUGUCCUCAUGGUAUAUACUAUGGUUUUCAAGUAAUGGCUUCAAAUGAGUCUCCAAAUGUACCAUUUACUAUUCUGAGGACUAGAUUCAAACGUGCCCCAAGACAAGUUAUAUAUGACAAUGCAUGCAAGCUGCAUGAGUAUUGUCUUAACAGAGAUCCACUGUUCUUUAAAGAAACAGAAUUUUAUAUUGACCGACUGC